UGGAGAUGGACGCAAUGGCUCUGCCUGUGAUCUCACAGAUACCAUAAUAUGACAGAUACAAUGAUGCGAUGUCUAUCUAAGUCUAUGUGUUGCAGCGGACGUUUUCCAGAAGGAAACGUUCAGGGAAUGACGUCCAAUGAUACAGACGGGAUGGAUUUCAACCCAAGAGGAAGGGGAAAGCACCUAUGUCUGCCGAUCAACUAGAGCAAUCUGUAAAAUAUAUAUUGCUCUCAUCGCAAUAAGUAGCCACAUUUGUAUUGUGUCUUGGAAUUUUCGGCAACUGCAUGCGCCCAGUGUUUGGACCAAAUCCGGACUGUUGGGGAGUUUUGCGCCUGCUUUUGCACGCUAAACAAAACAACGAACGAGGACUUGGCUGCGCAGAACACACAUCCAGCCACGAUUAGUAACUAUUUAGCUAGUUAUGUAGAUUGCUUUUGGCAGGUUUGCCUGGGUACAUAACUACAUUGGUUUAUUUGCAUGUUUGUGAAGAAAAGCUCAAACAGAUUGGUCGGUCUAAGGAGAGAAUGAUAGGGGUUUGAGAAAUUCAGAGUUUUGUCCCCGGCUUGUACGUUAGCUACUGCUAGCUACCGAGUUAGCAAAUGCCAAAGGGCCUAUUUAGCAAGCAUUUUCAAACCUUUCCAGCGUUUGAGAGUUAUGACAUGACUGCAGUACAGUACUUACCUGUUUGCUGGAUUGCUACUAUUCAUACACACGCUAAUAUUCGUGAAUAGGGUCUUUACUUCCACACUCCGUGAGGGACGGAGCAAGGAUAUGGGGAAGCGUUGCUCAGCCGACUACUACUGUCACUCCUCCAGGAUUUCGAAUCAGGAGAGCCCGGGUCGGUUGUUUGGACUCACGGAUAACCAGCUAGCUACAUGGACUCACUGACAAGUAACUGCUGUUUCAUUUCAAGCCAUAUUUGCAGUUUGAAUCAAGUAGCUCGCUAUCGACAAAUUAUUUGGCGUGCCUCACCCACAAUAUUGUGCUGAGGACCACACCAUUUGACCAGACCAGUCAACUCGUUACCAGUCGUGAAAGGGCAAGAACAGAAACGACGCGCAAAAUGAACUAUCAGCAGCACCUUGCAAACUCGGCUGCCAUUCGGUCUGAGAUCCAGAGGUUCGAAUCCGUCCAUCCAAACAUCUACUCCAUAUAUGAACUGCUGGAGCGCGUGGAAGAGCCCAUCCUGCAGAAUCAGAUUCGAGAACAUGUCAUCGCCAUUGAAGACUCCGCAUACCCUGAUCUCUGUAUUCUGCUGCAUUUGUUCCUGCUAAAUCACAUCCAUCCCCAGACAGCAGUACAGCACUACAUCACACUGCUCUCCCCCACAUUCUGACUGCUGAGGUGAGGAAGGAACUGACACAAUGUUCUGUUUCCCAGUAAAAUAAUAGUUUUUUAGUUUUUGCUGACCAGUUUUGCAUUGUUCUGUUGGCACCAAGUGGCUGGUUCAGUAAUGUUCUCAGUUCAUCAG